AUGGAGGCCACUUUCGACAACAAGGCGAACGUCCUGAAUGCAAAAGUGCACGCCACCCACGACAACUCUGUCCUUUAUGUGGUCAACACCAAGCAGACGAUGUGGGGCCGCACGUUGACAGAACUGUGGGACAAGAACCCGUUGCCCGGUGAAGUCGAGACGAACACCCGAGUCGGCGCUAUCCACUGGAAGCAGAGGAAAUUCGAGGUCCAUGGGACAUGGAAGUCGAUAGACGACGUCAGGCGGAGGCCAGCGGGGCUCAAGAAUAGAGUCCGCCAGAGAUCAAGGUUUUGGAAAUGGGCUGAUGACCACGAGGAGUACAGCAUCGUUCAUCUCGAGGACGGAUGGAAGGCUACCUGCACGGGCACCAACGCGGUUGAGGCGACGUUCACCGUGCCGUACCGGCCGCAGAUUUUUGGAAAGACGAAACCUGUGGUAUUAAACCUUGGAAAGGGAGCAUUGUCGCGUGAUGAAGUGUUCCUGAUACUCGUUCUCAUUUAUUCUGAGACGAAAAGGCAGGAAAAAAUGGUACGCACGCCGUCAUCUUCGCCAAUUCAGCUCUAA